UUUCUCACCUGGGACUUGAGGUCCUGAGAGAAGAGACCAGUUCUGAGGGAGGGGGCAUUCCCCUUAUCCUGCAGCCCCGGGCAAGUAUCAAGGCUCAUAAACUACAUUUCACGCUAACCCGGGAUCCAUCACCCACUCCGGCCAGCAACCCUACCCUCGUGCCAGCCAUGAAGCCCUCAGCUGGACCAGCCAUGGAGCCCUUGCCAGUAUUAGCCAGGGAGCCUCCACUACUCCCGCUAAAGGAUGAACCCACCAGGACUGCAAUGAAGAGAGGCCUCUCCAAGAAGCAAGCAGCAAGGGUGGAGCCUUCCAGAAGCAGUGGGUGGGCAGCUCUAGACCAAGAUGCCCCCUUGUCACCCUGUGUGAGGCUGAAGAGGCUGCAGAUCUCAGAGGAGGAUGAAGAAGAGGAGGAGCUUUUCCCCACCUUAAAUGAGAGCUCAGGAGAGAAAGCGAAUCCAAACCUGGACUGGCAAGAGUUCAGAGAUGAGAGAGACCAACUACAGGUGCUGGAGACUGCGCUGCCUGGCUCAGAGACAACUGCUGUCAUGGAGCUCACAGCACCCAGGCUGCAGGGCAAAGCAGCCAGCAACACCCCCAGGCUGCAGGGCACUGCCCUCUGGCUGCAAGGUGGGGCAACCAGCAGUCAACCUAGACUACAGGGUAAGGCCCCCACAUUGCAGGACAGGACGAAGAUCAGCACUCCUGGAUGGCAGAGUGAAACUUUCAAGCUGCGGAGCGUGGCACCUGGGACACCAGGUCUGACAGAGACAGAUACUCCAAGGAUGCAGAGCAUUGCCUCUGGAACAUCGAGCUUGGCAAUGUGGAGAAAAACUGCAGCACUCAAGCCACCAGCUCCCAGCCCUAAGAGUCCAAGGAAGCAGAACAAGCAUUUCUUUUUCUCCUCCACCUGCUGCAUCCUUCUUCCCUUCCUGCUCAUCUUGGGCAUCUCUGGUUGGUUCCUGUGGGAGCACAGCAGCCCUGUCUCUGUCCUGGGGCUUAUGGGCCAGUGGCAACUGGCCUGGAGUCAUGUAGCCAUCCUGUGGAGAGACCCGGAGGAGGCAUGCAGCUCACAGUGCAGUUUGGUGCUAGUGGAAAGCAUCCCUGUGGGCCUGGAUUACAGCCCCUCCAGUCCCCGCCACCUCCCCAUUUUCCAGGCCUGGAUGGAUCUGUUGGAUGCAGCCAACCAUUCUGUGGACAUCGCUGCUUUCUACUUCACACUCCGUGAUUCAGACACGCAGGAGAAAGAAACCUCAUCCUGGCAGGGCAGGCAAGUGUUGGAGAAGCUGCGGGACCUGCCGUCUCGGGGCAUCAAGCUGAGCAUUGCUGUGAAUGGCCCUCAGAAGUCAGACCAGGACACCAAGGAAUUGGCCAGCAAAGGUGCAGACAUAAAGUAUGUGGCGUUGGAGAGCCUGACUGGAGGGAUUGUGCACACCAAGUUCUGGGUGGUGGAUAGCAAGCACAUCUACAUUGGCAGUGCCAACAUGGACUGGCGUUCACUGACGCAGGUGAAGGAGCUGGGUGCUGUGCUCUACAACUGCAGCUGUGUGGCCAGUGACCUGCAUCGGAUCUUCACCAUGUAUCAGGCAUUGGGAGGGCAGGGGGCCUCGCUCCCCAAGACGUGGCCGGCUUAUGUCUCCGCGCAGUCCAGCCUAACCCACCCCCUGAAGCUGCAGCUCAGUGGCAGCAGUGCAGAACUGUACCUCUCUAGCUCUCCUCCCGCCCUCUGCUCCACAGGCCGCACCCCAGACCUCACGGCCAUUGUCAGCACCAUCCAGGAUGCCCAGGCCUUUAUCUACAUCUCAGUGAUGGACUAUGUGCCCCAGUGCACCUUCUGCCAGCCCAAGAGGUUUUGGCCAGUCAUUGAUGACGCACUGCGCGCUGCUGCCUGCAACAGGCGUGUGAAGGUGAGAUUGCUCAUCAGUUGCUGGCAGCACUCGGACCAGUCCAUGUUCCUGUUCCUGGAAUCGCUCAGUGUCCUCAGCCAGGAGCCUCUAGGCUGCCCCAUCGAAGUGAAACUCUUUGUUGUCCCUGCAUCAGCCAAGCAGAAACUCAUUCCUUUCUCCCGUGUCAACCACAACAAGUACAUGGUGACUGACCGCCUGGCCUACAUUGGCACCUCGAACUGGUCAGAGGAUUACUUCACCAACACUGCAGGGGUGGGGCUGAUCAUUAACCAGAGUGAGGCUGCCCCAGGAGCCUCCCAGCUCACCCUGCGGGAGGAGCUGGAAGCUGUGUUCCACCGGGACUGGAGCUCUGCCUACUCACAGGCACUCAGCCGCAAGCCCAGCUGUGCGGCCAAGAACUGAGGGUAGCUUCUCACCCGACAGCUGGGCCAGGUUCAAGACCCCUCCUCAGCUGGAUGUACAUUUGCAGCCUCCCUUGGAAACCCAGCGCUGUGGCAGCUUGCACUAGACCGCUUCUGCUCCCCCUGCACUGGGAGGGAUCCCACUAGCCAAAGAAGGACCAAUGAAGGCAGCAGCUGAGAGAUGCUCUAGCAUGUAGCUGUCAGCACUAGUGCCUUGGUACUUGCCUCCUGGCAGCAUUUUGAAACUGAGUUGUGGGGCCCUGGCACAUGGACAUGAGCUGACGCUCAAGCAUAUGUGCUGACUCUGUGGGUGCUCUGUGGCUCAGGGUCUAAAACCGUCUCCCAGAAGAGAUGGGCACCUUAGUAGGGAGAGGCGCUAACCUUACAUUUUAUUUGGGAACUGAAAGUCUCCUGUUUCAUGACGGGUAUUUUUUUAGGUGGGUCUCACUCACAGGUGCUGGAUUGGAAUCUGGCUUCCUGCACUCCGGGUGGCAGAAGGAAAUAGGUCUUAGGGAAGUGGUUGGAAGAAAUAGGAACAAAACUAGUACAUAAGCUGCCAGCCAGUGCAAAGUGGCACUGCCCCAGAACUGAAUGGGGGGCCAGUUGCAGCUGUGCCCCAUGGCUAGAAGUGGCUUGCUGUAUUGCAGGGGCCUGGGUCUUUGUGCUGUGGCCCUUCCAGUUGUGAUGCCAUUUAGCUGUUGAGCUGAUGUGGAUAUUUCUAGAUUUGGGGAAUACAGUUUAGUGUGUGGAGAGAUACAGGCAGCACUGAUAGCUCGGAGCCACAACUGUGGCUGUAGCUGCUAGAAGAACAAAAAAGCACAACCACCUAAAGGCACUUAAAUGCACAACGUUUGGUCUUAAUCUAUCCCUUGAUGACAGUAUCUUGAUCUCCAAGUGCCAAGGACUGUAGACUUCCAAAGAUCUCAGCUGACAGGGCUCAGAGAGGGCCUCUUCUGGGGCAGCACUCAGAGAAAGGGUCUCCCCCUUUUUCCAGUGCUGCUGAUUCAUUUAUUGUCUUUCUUAUCAUAGAGGAUAUUGCACUUGCUUAGGGUAUGUCUACACUACCCUCCUAGUUCGAACUAGGAGGGUAGUGUAGACAUACCCUAAGCAAGUGCAAUAUCCUCUAUGAUAAGAAAGACAAUAAAUGAAUCAGCAGCACUGGAAAAAGGGGGAGACCCUUUCUCUGAGUGCUGCCCCAGAAGAGGCCCUCUCUGAGCCCUGUCAGCUGAGAUCUUUGGAAGUCUACAGUCCUUGGCACUUGGAGAUCAAGAUACUGUCAUCAAGGGAUAGAUUAAGACCAAACGUUGUGCAUUUAAGUGCCUUUAGGUGGUUGUGCUUCUUUGUUCUUCUAGCAGCUACAGCCACAGUUGUGGCUCCGAGCUAUCAGUGCUGCCUGUAUCUCUCCACACACUAAACUGUAUUCCCCAAAUCUAGAAAUAUCCACAUCAGCUCAACAGCUAAAUGGCAUCACAACUGGAAGGGCCACAGCACAAAGACCCAGGCCCCUGCAAUACAGCAAGCCACUUCUAGCCAUGGGGCACAGCUGCAACUG